UCCUUCUUACUUUCCGUAGUGAGGGAAUCCAUGAACGCACGCUCCGGUAAAACCAAACACGGUUUCAGUCCCGCGAGAUACUUUUCAGGCGAUUUGCUAUCUAUCAAGCUUCGUGAAUUUGUCCCUAAAUUGCUUGUCAGAUAUCUUCAACAUAUACCUAGACAUCUCUAAAGCAGCAUGGACAGCGAGUGCCUGGUGUUGUUGCCUCGGGUGUGCGCUGUACUAGCGGACCCCAGACAGUCCCUACCAGAUGACACCAGCCUCGAGAAACUGCUGGACUGGUUCACUGGUCUCACCAAGGAGGACCAUGGCCUGGCCCUGUUGGAGUCCUGCCCCUGUCUGGUGGACUACAUAUCCACUGUGUGUCUGGACAAAACUACAGAUCCCAGCAUGCUUUCCUUCAGCCUCAAGCUUUCCGGCAUGCUGGCGGCCAGCCAACACGGCUUCAACCUGCUGCAGGAUCGAUCCAUCCUGGGCGUGGCCUACGACAGCGAGCGAUGGCAGGUGGCUGGCCUAUGGGAGGAUCCGAGCGUGCGGAUUGGCUGGAUCCAUGGCCUGAGUAACAUGAUGCGCCACACACAGGCCUUCCACUUCCUGGAUCAGGCUGGCCUGACCAAACCCCUCCUCCAGCUACAGACUGACCCCAGCCUAUUCGUCGCCUCGGCCGCAAAUCACCUCCUGGCCCGCCUCCUAACCUUCCACCAGCCAGCUACAACCUCACACACAACCCAGGGGAAUGGCCUCACUGUUCCACCCAAUAAGGAAGAGGUAGAAUUGGACGUAACCAUGGAGACAAGUCCAGGAAGCGGGUGUUCCAUCACCAUGGAGAUCUUGAAGCACCUGGAGAGCUCUCUGGAGUCAGACAGCCACACCCAGGUGCUCCAGGGGCUGAGGCUGCUGGCCCUGACUCUCCCCGAGCUGGAGGCUCCUCUGCGGGGCUCGGUGAUCAGGCGAGUCCUGGGGCCUCUGGAUGGGUUGGUCCGUGAAGGCCGCAGAGCAGCCGCUCUAAUGGCCGUCCUGCUGGCUACAUACAGGUCCGGUCCGUGUGACUCCAGACUCGUCUCUCUGAUGGCGUCCAUGUUGAACUCCCAGAAUCCCUCUGACGCUGCUCUGUGUGCUGCCGCCACCCUCCAUCCGGAGACCUGUCCUCCAGGCCUCAGACAGAAGGUCGUAGCUGUUCUACUCAGACCUCUACAGAUGGUUACUGGAGUAACUCUGCUGGACUGGCCCAAUGACAGACACACUGAUGGACAGACGGACCACAGACACACUGAUGGACAGACGGACCACAAACACACUGAUCAACAGACUGACCUCAGACACACUGAUGGACAGACUGACCACAGACACACUGAUCAACAGACCGACCACAGACAGACUGAUGAAGACCACAGACAGACUGAUGAAGACCACAGACAGACUGAUGAAGAUCACAGACAGACUGACACUGACCAGGACAGACAGACAGAGUGUCGUAGCUCUCUCUCUCUCCUGCUGGAUCAUCUCAACCACAAACCCUCCUGUGUCUCUCUGCUCUGCGUCUCCGUGUCCAGCGCUCCCUACAUAACGGACAUGGAUUCAUCUGCCUCCGUCAUCCUUGCUGUGGUGUCACUCCUGAGGAUCUGUAACGGCCACUCCCCUUCACCCGAGAGCAAGGCUGCUAUUGGCUGUAGCAAAGCAUCCACCAACCUGAUUGGCUGCAGCAAGGUCCAGAGGUGUUGUCUAGACUCCCUGGCUAGCCUUAGCACCUGCCCUGGAGCUGUGGAACGGAUGGUGGAGGUGUUCCAUGUUCUAGUGCAGAACCUACAGAACCCUGACUCAGACCCCACCGUGCUCCAGAAGAACUACCAGGCCAUGUUGAGGUGGCUUAGUGUGUCUGCAGAGCCUAACUCCCUGACUGAUCUGGUCACUGAAGACCUCCUGCCCGUGCUAAAGAAGCGUGUGUGUGACGUGCGUUGGGAGGUUCGAGACUCCACUCUGGAGUUCCUCGGCCAGCUGUGUGAGGCGUUAAGCUGCACCGUUACUCCUAUCCUGCUGGAGGCGCUGUGUGAUCAGGAGAGCUAUGUGAGGGCUAGUGCCAUCUCUGCCCUGGCCAGGACACUACCACUCAGUGACCAGCAGGGGGAGCCAGGGAACCGGACACAGGAGCAGACCCUGGGUCAGUUACUAGACAUCCUGUCUCAGGAUUCAGAGGGCUUCCCCAGACGCGCUGUGGUCCAGUUCUUCAUCAGCUGGCUAAAGACACACCCAUCAUCUUCCUCCUCCUCCUCCUCCUCGCUGUGUUCUGUCCUAUCGCUGGGCAGCACUGAUCUGGACUGGGAGGUCAAAGUUCACACCCUGGAGCUGGUAGAGCUCCUGAUGGAGGAAACACUACCAGGUCACCAGGAGUCAGAGCUGGGGUCAGCUCCUCCCCCUUACGGUGGCUCUGGAGGGACAAACCUACUAACACACACUGACCUCACACACCCCUACGCUGUGACGCCAAGCCAGCCCUCACCCCUUCUAACACACACCCCAUCUGAAACACACACCCCCCUCACACACACACACCCCACACACACAACCCCCACACACACACACCCAACUACAUCUGUAGUGUGUGGUCUGUCUCGGUUGGUGGAGCUCGGUGUUGUCACAGCGUUACUCAAUGGCCUGUUUGAUUGCGACAGACCUGUAGCUUUAAAAGCCUGUAGUCUGUUGCUACGACUACGAGACGCGGUGUGUCCGUCCCGGUCGCUAGGGAAAGGUGCUAUGACAACUGACGACACAACAGUUGCCAAGGUGACUUUUGAUCUGAGGGGUCAGGUUUGGGAGCGGGAGGUCACGAGGAAGUUACAGGAGAAGAGAGGAUCUGAUUGGGUUAAAGAGUCCAGGGAAGUAGGUUGUGAUAGGCCAAACAAGAACAGAGAUUCUGAUAGGACAGACGGGGCUGGUUCCGAAGCCUGCGAUAGGUCGACGGGGAAGAGUGUGUGUGAGGGUAGCGCGAGGGUGUGUGAGGUGCUGUGGUCGUUGGGUCUAGAGGAGAGGCAGAGUGUGUUAUCACAGAGUAGUGACCAUGUCCAGAACUCACCUCUCUCUCUACUGGAGGACAUUCUGAACGCUAUAGACACCUCACACACUGACAAGGUUAUAGUAGACUGUUACUGACCGACACACGUCCUGAUGGACUAACACAGUUUUAUUUGUUGUUUCUCCUCUGUACGUUGACUAGUGAAUACUGUAGUUAGAGUCCCAUUGGGACAUAACUCUUGAUCAUCUACCAGGAAAAUAAAUAAAGAUACUGUUUUGAUAUUUCAAA